AUGCCUACAUCCAGCACCUCCGCGUCCCUCAACGCCCUAGACCCUGAAAAACGCACACAAUCACCUCUAAGCGAGACCACCGCCCCUCAACCCGUGGAACCAACCCCCCGCCAACGCUCCCAAUGGCAAACCACCCCUGCCGAUACCGACGCGCCAACAACACCUCACCAUGACCGAAUCCCCAAACCGCUCCUCCACCUCUACACAACCUCCUACUUAAUAUUCUUCUCCAUCCUCGGCACCCUCGCCCGCCUAGGCCUGCAAUCCCUAACAUUCUACACCGGCGCGCCCAUCACAACAGGCGUGCUCUGGGCCAAUGUCUCCGGAAGCCUCAUAAUGGGCUUCCUAUCCGAAGACAAGAACCUCUUUCGCGAAGAAUGGGGAACGUCCAGCCCUCCAUCCCCAAGCUCCGACCCCGAACACAUCAAGAAACACAAAGCCGUUAAGAAGACCAUCCCGCUCUAUAUCGGGCUAACGACCGGGUUCUGCGGGUGCUUUACUUCCUUUUCCUCGUUCAUUCGGGACGUCUUCCUUGCCUUGGCGAAUGCGCUCCCAGACCCGAGUCUCCCUUCGGGUGCGGAUAUUGCGUCUAGGAAUGGAGGGUAUAGUUUUAUGGCGCUGCUUGCUGUGAUACUCGUUACGGUGUCGUUGAGUUUAUCGGCGCUGAUCUUCGGUGCGCAUCUUGCGCUUGCCUUGGAACGUUUUACGCCUAUUGUGCCCUUUGUGCUGACGAGACGGGUUCUUGAUCGUGGGGUCGUGGUUCUUGGAUGGGGGUGUUGGCUUGGAGCUGUGUUUUUGGCGAUUUGGCCGCCUGAUCGUCAUGAGGAGACGGAGGUUUGGCGAGGACGUGUGGUUUUCGCCCUUGUGUUUGCGCCUUUGGGGUGUUUGCUUCGGUUUUAUGUUUCGUUGAUGCUUAAUGCGAGAAUUGCUGCGUUUCCGUUGGGGACUUUUGUGGUCAAUAUGUUUGGGACGGCGGUUGAGGGGAUGUGUUUUGAUUUGCAGCAUGUUGGUGGGCUUGGGGCUGGGGCUGGGUCGUUGGCUGGGUGUCAGGUUUUGCAGGGGGUUAUGGAUGGGUUUUGUGGGAGUAUAACGACUGUCAGCCCCCGACUUCCCUCCAACCUCUCCUCCGGCAAGAGCAGCCCAUUCAACAUCUUCUCGCGCACCCGUCCCCGAUCCGAAUUCCCAGUCGUAACACUCGCUGUCGUCCCAAGUGGUAAAUCAUCCGGCGCAAGGCGACUAUGA